UCUGCCCCUUUAAAUUUUGUGACAAGUGAUAAGACAUUGUCACGCAGCAUCCCUUAAAUGCUGUCAAUUGGCCAUGUUGGUAGCAUUGCAUCCAAAUGAAAACAUUUGAUAAAAGAUUUUCCUUCCAAAUAAAUUUCAGGCCGAGAAAUUGUUUCUAUUGAAAACGUUGUAUUUCUUAAAUGUGCACAAUAAAACGUGAUUUGAUUUAUAGACUUAAUCGUGUUGAAUAAGAGUAUUUUGGAAAUUACACACAAAAGUACAGAGUAUUGGUGAAAAGAAGCAUGGUAAUGAACACGAAUCAAUCGAUGGAAAGCUUUCCGCUUCAGCAUAUAUCAUCGUCGGAGGAUUCGAGCAGUUCGUGGCAAAUGGUGACUAAUUCAAUGAAUUCAAGUCAAAAUUCACAAUCGACGUCCAAUGGAACUACGUCAACUGCGAAAAAAUUGCAAAACAGUGAACUGAGCGAAGUUGUAUUGAAGGAGCUGCGUCGUCGAUAUAAUGGGCGCAGUUCAAUGAAUGAAACUGAACUGGAAACCGCUCAGCAAUCGAUGAACUUGAUGCGACAGAAUGUACAGCACUUGUUUGAUAACGAGAUUCAAGCCAUUGUACAGAAAUACGUUGAGACAUACUUCGAGCCAGCUUUAAAGAACAUCAAAGAAAAUCUAGAAAACUCAGGAAUUACAGACCAAUACUUGAAAAAGAUGUGCUGUGAUUUACUUGAAAAUACCAAACAAACCUAUAAAACGUCAAAUGGAGUAACACUUGAGCCAACUUCGUCGAAUGAAGUGGUUGUUGCGCCAAAACCACUGGAAAAUAACACUCUGGAACAAGUGUUUUUUUCCUACACGAAUGCGCCAAUCAAACGAAAAGAUUCUGCGGUAACAUUACAACGAAGCCAAAGCACUGACCACAGUCCACUGCACAAAAGAUCGCCGAUAACUUUUCAAAACAAAUGCAUCACCGCCACCCGACCGGGUCAAAUCAUUUUAAGUGUGACUUUGACUACGGACACGUUAUUUACAUUUGACUUUAAGGUGCACGAAGCAUUCGAUUACGGGCCAAAUGAUCGUUUAAUAAACAAAUAUCCAGACUUGAUACGUUACAUCAUCGAUGUCCAAGACAAAGAUUGGUUCAUACAGCAACGGAUUCUCUCACCAAUUCAUCGUACAUCGCAAAUAAUGCUGUUCACUAUUGAAGAGGUGAACCGAAUUGCACAUUCGGAUAUUCUAAGAAAUCAACCUUACCGGAAACCAAUCGAACUACUUGGAUUCAAAAUACCCGAGUUUAUGCUGCAAAAGAUGCGAAAGUUUAUCUGUGAACACGGCGAAAACAGUAAAAAAAUCAUUACGAAUACGAUUCAACCGAAAGUUUCGUUGUCGGCUCUUUUGUCAGCUACACCAAAACCAACCGCCAUCAAAACCAUUCAAUCAAUUAAACCGAUUUUGAAGCCUCAAUUGGCAAACACCACGUCACUGUCGUCAAUGAUUUCGUCCAUGAGAGCAAAUUCACAACCGACCACCGUUUUGCUGGUUGACACAAGCGGAAAUGGAUCAAAAACGGCAACCAUUACCAGCGCAUUCAUCACAUCAUCAGACGAAGGCUCCAUCAAUUCGCCUGUCAUCGCACGGAGCUCAUUAAGUUCAUCGCAUGCCACUUUAUCGGCAUUGUUAUCGAAUUCACCCACCGAAAAAACACUGAAUUCAAUUGUCUUAAACGAAAUCAACGACUAAAUUGACAACGGGACAGUUUAAUAGCGCACACGGUUUUUCAUUGGGUUUUUUUUUUCUCUCUACAAAUUCCAAACGAAAUCCAUACGAAAAACAACAGAAAAAAAAAAUCAAGAAACAAAACACUCAGGUCAAGCAAAUUAACCAGUUGAUUGCGUUAUCAUAUUAUUAGUUUCUAGUAGAUACCUGUUGA